GCGGAGCUCGUAAUAGAUUCGCUUGCGCAUGUGCAACACAUUAGUGAUCGACACAACGUGCCCGAUGAUGUAUUAUCUACUUAUGUUGAGUCUCCUCUGGCCUCUGGUGGAGGUCCACUCUCAGACCUUUCCCCAUCUCUCCUUCAUGGGCCAGACUCUGGCCAACCAUUCCUAUGUGGACCUCGGUCAAGUGGGGAGACCUGAUGAUGGCGGUGAAGGUGUUCGGUGUAUCACUGACUUGACCACAUGUUGUACUGGUAGCGAUGGUUCUCAUCGUGGAGACUGGUAUUUCCCUGAUGGAACUAGACUGCCUUUCCCUGCAUCUGGUAUUGAUACCUUUGAGGUCCGUGUAUCUGAGGGAGUUGACGUACGUCGUAACAGUGAUGCUAACUCACCAACUGGUAUCUAUCGCUGUGAUAUUCCAACUGGUGCUGUCCAUCAUGCUACUAACAUCUCAGUGAGAGACACAGUCUAUGUGGGACUGUAUACUGCCAGUGGAGGAGAUGUUUCAAUAAUUGGAGGUUUGACAAUUGACUCUGACCAGGGUACCCUCACCUGUAUCUCCGCUGGUGGACCUGCUACCACUGUCACUUGGACCAGAGACUCCACCACUGUCACCCAAGGAACCCAGACUGUGUUGAAUGACCCAGUGACUGCACAGUACACCCACACUCUGACUGUGAGACUGGGAGGACUAUACAGCUGUAUUGUGAGCAACAAUAAACCAUCUGUAGUCUCUCAAACAUUGACAGUGAGAGUUGCUGCAGCUCCUACUAACCUGAUGUUUGAGGUUCAAAGUGAUGGUACUAGUGUCCUACUGACCUGGACUCCACCUGAUCCACUGGGAGACACCACUGGCUACACCAUUUCCUACACCAGAGGAGGCAGCAGUGGUAGUGAGACUGUCAGUGGUGGAGAUACUAAUAACUACACUCUGACUGGUCUUAUAAGAGGGGAGAUGUAUGACAUAUCAAUUGUAGGCACAUCAGAACAUAUUUCCGGUGAGAGUGUGGAGUGGGAAACUGCCACUCUAGUUCCUGGUCUGACUGGAGGAGAGAGAAAAGAAGAUGCUCAUACACUGGAGGAGGCAGCAGUGGUAGUGAGACUGUCAGUGGUGGAUCUACCAACAGCUACACUCUGACUGGUCUUAUAAGAGAGGAGAUGUAUGACAUAUCAAUUGUAGGCACAUCAGAACAUAUUUCCGGUGAGAGUGUGGAGUGGGAAACUGCCACUCUAGUUCCUGGUCUGACUGGAGGAGAGAGAAAAGUAGAUGAUUUGACAGUGGAAGUGAUAAUGAUGGGAGUCAGCUCCAUUUCCCUGUCGUGGCGUGUGUCUGGAGACACAGUGGUGGAUUCAGAGGUGGUGUGGCGAGCUAUCAGUGGCCCUGCUGGAGACAGAGGUGUCAGUGGCUCCAUCACAUCCACCAGCUACACCAUACCUGACCUCCAGAAACUCUCUGUCUACAGCGUCACAAUUACCGUCCGCACAUCGUCCUCGGGCGAUUUCAGUGAAUCUGUCAUUGCCUUCACAGUUCCUGCAUGUGAAAGCAGUGGAUCAUCAUCAGAAGCUGUAGCUGCUCUUGGUGGUGUGUUGGCAGUGGUGAUUGUGACUGCUAUAGCAGUGCAGGCUAUGGUGAUAGUCUUUUUCGUGAAGAAACUCCAAAGAGCUGAAGAAUACACUGCCACUCUUGCUGCACGACUAAAGAGAGCACCUCCUGGGUCACUCAAGACCACCAGCAACGUGGCCUACAGUGUAGUGAGAGGAGAAACUGAUGAUGCAUAUGAGACUGUGAUGUCUUAACCUUUCACUUCUCACCCUCACUCCACAACCUAUGCAUAAUUAUUCCUUUAUAUAAACCUAUAUAAUAAUAUUCUUUUUAUAAAAGUCCUUUUGUUUAUACUUGCAUAGCUGCCAAGUGUGUGUACACAUGCUUUAUUUGACCAAACAAUGAGAAUGGUAAAGCUAUCUUUGAGGCAGACACACCAGACGACGAAGUGGCUCUACCAGCUAUAUUGGUAGUCCUCUGCUA